AUGUCCUCUCUCUCCAACGACUCCUCGCUCCCCGGAGAGCACUUCGAAGUCCGCCAGACAUCGUCCACCGAUGACUACCACCCCAACCCAAGUGCCUCUCUCCAGCUGCCCCCUCCACGCCAGCGUUUGCUUGACGAUAUUAUCGCUUUGUAUUCGUGCAAGCCAACCCGCGAGCGCGUCAUGCGCUACACCCCGGACUGUGUCUACGACGAUCAGUUUGUGUACGCCGACGACCGUUACAAGAUGGCUGGCCAGUGGUUUGCUCUUCCAAAACUCUUCAAGGAGAGCAAGAACGAGGGCUACGAGGUUGUCAAGAACGAGCCACUCUUGAUUCAGUUCAAGAACGAACAGACAUGGACUUUCCCUGGCGGGGUAAAGUCCGCCACCAUCAAUGCGCUGGUCUCCCUCUCGCUUGAUCCUUCCACUGCCCAUUCGGAUUUCCCACAGGUCAAGUACCACAAGGACCAAGCAAAUGACAAGGACUACUCCCAUACGGGGCCUGGCUUUACAUUCAAGAAGUGGCAAGCCGAUCACGUCUCGGAAUGGAUGAACAACGAGGACGUAGAGUCAUUCAAGGGCGAUGGGCGUGAGGAAAAUAAAGAGGGCGUUAGACGCUACGAAAGUGGGACGGACCAAGCUCCUCGCAAAGACUUGUAG